GAUUGCGGCACUUUUGGCGGCGGAGACGAGGUUGGUUGUAGGAUGGCGGAUGUGUUUGCGCAGUUCACGUCGACGCCGCUGAAGCUCAAGGCAGCGGCGGCGGAGCAUGCCAAGCCAUCGCCAUGGAACUCGACUGCCAAGUACACGCCAUCGAAACGACCUUUGGAGGUCAGUGUGAUGACGUCCACUGCAAAGCCCACCCCGUCAAAGCGACCGUUGGAGGACAGCGUGUUGUCGUAUACCACUCCUUUGAAACACAGUCGCGUGACAAGCAGUGGAACACCUCGCGUGCCGCCAUCGUCUGCGAGAAAGGUGGCCACGCCUAGCACGAUAGGUCGACAAGGACGCAGUUCGUCGGCGCAGAUCAAUGCCCGUCCACGCGCGGCUGCGAAGGAAGGCGCGGGUCCCGCCGUCGAGACACGCGGCGGGGUACAACCACCGCGGCCAGUAGACUUGGUUGCAACUGCCCCCCGUGAAAACCCAAAUCUCGUCACGUCACUUCGUACGACCCGUCCUGCCGUCGCUACACGACCUACACGGUCCCAGCCAUCUCGCAUCACCCGACGUACUCUACCCAAAGGUCCCCCUCCUCCUCCUCCUAUCCAAGCGUCAACAUCCUUCAAACGACGACCUCCUCCUACUACGCCGUCGACAGAUCAUUCUUCGCAACACAAGCGACCUUCGCAGCCUCUCCCUUCCGUCCAACCCAGUUCCACCUCCUUUCGAUCAUCCACCGAUCAUACUGCUACGUCAAAACCAAGCUUCCCUCGUCAUCGAGCGCCGUCGUCCCUUACCCAGCGUACUUCGAAACCCUCCAUUUCCAGCCGACUUGUCCAGUCCAAGCUGCCGCCGCCGCCUCUAUCUGCGACACGGUUUCCAUCGGAGGCGGCCACCACUCGACCAGCUCUGACACGGAAGACGACACUGGCAGCGAAACAAGCUUCGGGGCAUGCGAUGUCCAUGCGACAGCGCCGCCAGCCCUCAACCACGUCACAGGCGACGACCGCGAACAAGAAUCGGUCGGGCUUCUUGCUCAAGCCUGAUGUGCCAGCAACGACCCCCCCCGCCGUGGUAUCCCCACAUCAGCCACGUUCUCGUGGCUCCGUUCUGGAGCAACUUGGCCCGCCACCGCCCGCCUGCGACACUGUAUCCCCAAACCCGAUCCUUCCUGCUGCUACUACUGCUCUACGUUCCAGCCCCACCACUCGGACCUUGGGUUCUAGUAGUACUAGUACUACUACUAGUACGACGACGACAAUUCCUCUGUCCCAAGUCGAAGUGGAGCAGUUCCAAGCCGACCUGGUGGCGUCCAACACUGUCGCAGGCCGAGUGUUUGCAUCGUGCUGGGCUCAUGGCUUGGAUUUGAGCGUAUUUCCAUGGCAAUUGCAUCUGUUUAUGCCACUCGUCGACUGUGAACGGCUGUGUAGCCACUCGCCACCAACUAACGGACCAACUAACGAACCAACUAACGAACCAACUACUACCCGUCGUCGCAAGGCCGUGUCGUUUCAGUUUUACGAUCUGUCGGUGGUCGAACUUCAAUACAUUGGGGAACGAGGUACCACCCAGCGUAUCGAAACCAUCUUGUACCAGUGCGAACGCGUGGCCAAUAAACUUUCCAAGCUCAGUCCUAGCCAGCUACACCAUAUUCAGUCGACGUUGCUCCAAGUCAGCAACCAUCCGUCGGAACUGCGCGCGGCGGCCGCGUACUUUGGCCGAGUCAUGCAGAACCCGCCAGCUCUUGUGCUAAACCACAUCUCUCAGCUAUCGAAUUCACUCGCACGACACUAUUUGCGGGUGAUUUUCCUGUACUUUGACGACCGAUUGGCCGAGGACAAGACGUCGACGGUGACGCUGCCACGUCACUACGCGCACCAGGACCUGGGCGCGGCGAUUCAUCGGGCUUUGGCCGAUCGGUUUCUGUACCGGACGUCUCAAACGACCCCCCAAGAGCGAUAUUACUAUGCGACAAGUGUCGAGUUCUUGUACCGAGCGAUCCGAUUGGUCCAGCACACGACCAAAGACGCGUAUUUGACCAGUUUAGUGCGCAAACUCCAGAUCGUGUGCGUCCGACUCGUCCAGUGGGAUUGCAUAGACGAAGCGCACUUGUUUCCGCUGGCGUCCGUUUCAUCGUUUGAAACCUUGCUGCGAAACGAACUGACCAACGUCGAUAUGAAAAAAGUACGGCGCGAGUACGUCGUGCCUUGUUCGCCGAUGAAAUCGCUUGCCUUGCCGGACCAAGAAUCGACCCCCCUCAAGGAGAAAUAUCGGUCAGCAUCUUCGUGCUUUGAGUGCAAAGAAACAUGGAACGACUUGGCCACGACCGUGCAAUGCGCUGCAUGCGUCAAACGAUUCCAUCUCAAGUACUACCAACUAACGACCAACUAACGACCAACUAACAACCCUGGUAGGUGCUUGUACUUGUCGCCGUCGUUCCGGAAUCUCUCGGGCACGUACAAGUGUCCGCACUGCCUCUAAUGACGUUGAAUUAAUAUCAU